UCAUGAACCGUCAAGAAAGACAUGUAUUACUAUUAUUCAAAAACUGCAUAUUUAGAAUUAAAAUAAAAUUGUAUUUUGUUUGUGACGUGCGAAAUGUUGUCUCCCCUGAUAGCCUCCCUUGGGGAGACAUCAGAACUUAAUUUAUAAAUUGUAUUACUAGGGGAGCCAAGGCCCGAAGGAGAAAUUUUUACUAGAAAAUAAUUCCACUCGGUUCAGUAUUCAGACGGGAUCCUUACUGGAACCUGGUUGGAGUAAAACUUUUUCUAGUAAAAUUUUCUUUAGAUUUUAACAUCUAGCAGUUAAAUACUUAAAAAUAUAGUAACAUAAAUAUCUUUUUCUUCAUACAAACCAGAGAGAUGCAGUUUAUUUAGAACGAUCUAAUAAAUGUAGAGUCCAAGAAACGAAUGACUCAUAAAGCGAUAAUGGAACUCUAUUGAAAUUUAUUAUCUACAGUCUCCAAUUGAUUUAAUAACGCAUAAGAAAUAUUUUCACUGUGAUAAAUGCUUUAAAUAUACAAAUAUUUCGUAAUUGUUAUUUAUCAUUGCGGAAGCUAGUGGUCUUUUUGUAAUUUUCAAUUAUUCCUUUUCUUUGGGCUCAAGGCAACAACAAGCCUCGCUAAGUGCUCAGGUAAGCUACUCCUUUACCCCAUCAUUAAUAAAUACCUAACAAAUAAACAAGCUUGAAAAUAAGCUGGCCAUGUUGUUGGAAAGCGGAUUUGUGGUAUAAUGCUCUCAGAGUGGAGACCGUAAAUAGAGAAAUACCACCCGUCCAAAGCCAGCAUUAGUAGUGUUUAAUCAGGAAGGGCCACUUACAAUAUAAUUUUUAAAACCAAUUGAGAUUUAUCUUUUAACCCCGUUUAAUACGUCAUUCCAUUUUUUUCAAUUAUUUAAAACAAAUAGAGGUAGAUUAGCUUCUUUUAAAGCUUUUAGACUCUUUGGCCAAUUUCACCUAAGUUUAAAAAAACCAACAGGCUUAGAUGAAUGAUUGGUAUUUCUUCUACCACAGGGAGACCAAUCAUUUAUCUAUGCCUAAAGCUAUGGGGUUGUAAGAGUUUGACAUAUAUCUGAAAACGAUGUUUGUGAUCAUUUUCAUAAAACCAUAAAAAAAUCUCAAUAUAGCAACCACGUCGCAACGGGGUGGAAAUAGAAAUAAAAGAAUAUCAUGGAGUGUGGCAGUUUUUUGGGCCAGUUAAAAAUCUGUACUUAGCAUGAUAUUUCAAACCAUUGUUGAUAAACCGACACUUUAGUUUGUCAGACAGUGUCAACCAGUGUAAAAAAGUGUCUUAAGUGUAGUUGCAAAAAUAUACUAAAUUCUUAGGAAUGAACUGGCAUCUGUACUAAUAAAUUGAGGCGUUAGAUGUUAUUUGAUGAAUAGUGACAAAAUCAGCCGUCGUCAACCUUUUUCUGAAUAUGUUCAACAGAACCAUGUUUUCAUACGAUUUCAAUAUUCCACGUGAUAUAACUCAUAUCGCACACAUGACAAAGACAGUUUUUGUCACAAACAUUUAUAUCACUAAAGACCCUCAUCCUUUUUAACAUAACUAUAAAUACUAGCGAAAACAGUUUACCUUCUUAUUCACUCACUGAAAACAAAUCAGUAAACUACUCGGUAUACUUGUGAAAGUGUUUCUAAUAAUAAACUAAGUAAAGAAUGGUGAUUUGUGUUUUUAUUUUUACCUCGAUUUCAAGGAGCCGUGAGGGUUCAAAUUACGAUAUGAAAAUAAAAUCCAACAUUACACCUCAUUUUGAGUAAGUAAUACUAUAACACAUUAUUUUUGUUACUGUUGUUAGCCUGAUCAGAUUUUUUUCAAGCAGAAAUAAGAAUUCCUUAGCAGUUUAAGCUAAAGAUCCCUUACGUUCGUCAUCCCUGCUCUCUCAUUAACGUUCAUUAUUUUGACACCAUUGCGUGGACCACACAGACGCGAAGUGAUGAGGUUGGUCCCCUGUAUAGUCGAUCAGUAGCUCGGCCGCCUCCGCAGGCGUGCUGACACGUCCGAGAUGGCAGCCUCACAUACCGGCCAGAGCAUCUAGUGCAGACCCGUCCCUCCCCGACAACGGGAUGGGACCAAACCCAAAAGAUAUUUACUUCCUCCAGCAUAUCUACUCGGGCCGCCAUGGCUGCACAGACGAGAGGACGUUUGCUCCUUUUAUUGUUCUGUGUACUUAACAGUGGGAGAGGGGUCGAUGACAGGGAAAUCUUCGAUGUCCUCUCCGUAGUACGGAACGACCAGCUGCCAGAUGGCGUCACUCGGAUCCCUGGCCGUUGCCAGUCCCCCUCCACUCCCGAAGACCAGUACACCGGCUACAGCCUCAACGAGAACGCCACGUUGCAUCAACUGUCAGCAGGGAUGUUCUACAAUACCUUUCCCGAAGACUUCUCCAUUUUAACAGUUUUACGGUUACCAAAUACAGAUCAGAACCCGUUGUUUGUGCUGUACUCUGACGCUGGAGACGAGCAGCUCCAGGUGGUGGUGGGACCGAUGAUCGAACUGUACUACGAGGACACGCGGGGAGAUCCGCAGGACAACGAGCUGCUUACAUUCAGACACAGCGUCGCUGAUGGAAGGUGGCACCGAUUAGCGCUCAGUAUCAAAGGGGACUCUGUGACAUUAAUGCUGGACUGUGAAGUGCAGGAGACUCUCCGCUUGGACCGUAAACCGGGAAGCACCUUCAAUUUGGCUGGCGCACUGGUAGUGGGCCUGCAAGUCACACCUGAUCAGUACUAUGAAGGUGACCUUGAAUUAUUGCAAUUUUCAAACAGACCAGACACAGCGUUCGAUAUGUGCGUCGAGAUAGCGCCAGAUUGCAAUGGCUUUGGUAACACUCAAAGCUAUUAUGGAUCUGAAGGAGAUUUGAGAAAAGAAAAUGCUUACUCAGUGGUCGAAAGAGAUCGUCAAACCGAAUUGCACUUUAAAGUCUCAACUGAGAGUCCAAAUAUCGACGACACACUGACGUCUGAUGGUGACGACCGGAGAAAUGACGUAGUAGGUAGAAGGAGAUUUUUUCAUGAAAGGAAUCAUUCGCACAAUACUUGGGACUUUGCUGGAGGUGAACUAACUACACAAGCGCCGGUGUGGUCGCUGCCUAACUUCGUAGCAGUUACUGCUCAAUAUCCUGCUCUGACCGAUUCUGAUGAAAACAGUAUAUUUGGAAGUUUCACCGCUGAAAACGAAGUUUAUCCCAUUGAAGCAAACUACGUUUAUAACUCACCGGAACCACAAGAAAAUACUACACCCAGAUUGAAACGUGGUGAUGACGAAAACGAAGAACCGGAUUUUACUACAGUCAUCACCACUGAGUCGUACCUGCCUAUGACGACCACAGAGGAUGACGAUUGGCUCACUCACCCUCCAGACACGGGAAACGGCUCAAUAGAAUACGAAACCUAUUACGACUACGGCGGUGCGGGCAGGUACCUGGGCCCGCGCGGAUACCCGGGUCCUCCCGGAGCGCAGGGCCCACGCGGUCCCAAGGGAGAGCCUGGCAAGCCAGGCGCGGAAGGCCAGCAGGGCUUCCCGGGCGCGCCGGGGAACGUGUUUGUCGUUCCCUUACACCAGAAUAGCAACGAGAAAGGACCGGACGCACAAGCUGAAGCGUUGCGCCAAAUGUUCACACAGCACAUGGCUGCGAUGCGAGGUGCUGAUGGACCAAUGGGCCUUACAGGACCAAUAGGUCCAGAAGGGGAGAUCGGACCUGAAGGAGCAAAGGGUGAGCAAGGGGAACAAGGAGAACCGGGUCCACCAGGCCCCAGGGGUUCACAAGGCCCCCUAGGUCGUCUAGGGCGCAGGGGCCACGCAGGAAGAGAUGGGGAGCGCGGAUCUCCCGGGCCACAAGGAGCCAAAGGGGAACCGGGUUACCCGGGCUUGCCUGGGAUGCCUGGGGAUAAAGGCGAAAGGGGCACACCUGGGCUGCAAGGGGAAUCAGGCGCCCCGGGACAAGAUGGCCCGCCCGGUGAUGACGGACCCACUGGACCGCCGGGACUGAUAGGAGAAUUGGGACCAAGAGGUUUUAUGGGACCGAGAGGUUUUCCAGGAUUAAUAGGUUAUCCGGGCAUCCCUGGGAUCGAAGGACCACAGGGUUCAAAAGGGGCGUCAGGUCAACCGGGACCACCUGGACCUCAAGGUCCACCUGGACUUAUGGGAACACCAGGCUCUCCAGGACCUCAGGGUUCUAUAGGAGCUCCCGGAAUACAGGGUCCACAAGGUAAACCUGGUAUUUCAGGUUUGCCUGGACCUGAGGGCAUCCCGGGGAACCCUGGCAAUCCAGGACAACAAGGAUCACUCGGCGAUAUUGGACCACAAGGUCCCCAGGGAAUGACUGGCUUUCCUGGUCCUAGAGGACUUAAAGGAGAUGAUGGCCCCCGAGGCGUACCAGGUGACAAAGGAGAUAAGGGAGUCAGAGGUAUCGAAGGUGAAAAAGGUGAAAUGGGUCCCAAAGGAGAACGCGGAUUAUCGGGAGAAACAGGUCCACCGGGAAUAGAAGGACCUGAAGGUCAAAAAGGUGUUGAAGGACCUAGAGGAGAAACUGGCCCGAUAGGACCAACGGGUGAAAAGGGUGCUACAGGACCACAAGGGCUACAGGGGUACCCUGGCAGCCAAGGCGAUAAAGGAGAUAAAGGGGCCUCUGGAAGAAGGGGCAGAAGAGGUGCUAAAGGACUCAUGGGCUUAGUUGGAUCACCAGGUGAUCGUGGUGAAACGGGACCUAGGGGAUAUAGAGGUCCUCAUGGACGAAGGGGGUCUGAUGGUCCACCAGGGCCCAAGGGAGACACUGGACAACCGGGCCCACCCGGGUCUGUGGGUGAACGUGGUCCUCAAGGCUUAGAAGGUCUUCGUGGAUUCCCUGGGGCGAUGGGUCCGCCCGGAUCUGAUGGGAAACCUGGCAUGCCAGGUCCUCCCGGAGAACGUGGUCCAACGGGAGCUCCAGGUUCAGUUGGUCUAACAGGCCCACUGGGUCCUAUUGGGCCUCAAGGUCAAAAUGGGGAGCCGGGUCCAUCUGGACCUCCAGGAGCACCGGGUAUACCCGGCUCUCCUGGUGAAAUGGGCGCUCCUGGAGAAAUGGGCAAGGAAGGAGUGCCGGGUCCUCCAGGACCCGAAGGGAAACCUGGACCCGCGGGAUCGCCGGGCCCACCUGGGCAACUAGGUGAAACUGGAAUGCCAGGACCACAGGGAGUAUCUGGUAGUAAAGGUGACAUGGGUCCGAUUGGCCCGCCCGGCGCAAGAGGUGAUAAAGGAGAACGGGGUGAACCCGGACAUGAGGGGCCCCAGGGAUCGAUAGGGCGCGAAGGUCCACGCGGCCCCCCAGGCCCUGGAGGGCAGAAGGGAGAAAUCGGAGAAGCUGGUCCAAUUGGACCCGUGGGUAGAGAUGGCCUACCAGGACCUAGGGGACUGACAGGUGCUCCAGGACCCGUCGGACCUCCUGGUGAAGACGGGGACAAGGGCGAAGCUGGUCCACCAGGCGAAAAAGGAUUCAAAGGAGCAAAUGGAGAACCCGGCCCGUCAGGUUCUCCUGGUAUUCAAGGAUUGCGAGGUGAAACGGGACCAGUUGGGUUACCUGGCGAUAAAGGUCCCCAGGGCGAUCUGGGACCACCUGGCACAACAGGUGCCGACGGACCCAGAGGAUUGCCUGGUCCACUCGGACCGACUGGACAGCAAGGAGAAAAGGGUCAACCAGGACCGAAAGGAGAUACCGGAGAUCCCGGACAAAUGGGACCCACGGGCCCGACGGGAUCUACUGGGCCACCUGGAAGAAGAGGUCCUAAAGGCUCCCCUGGGGAGCCAGGCCCGAGGGGGGCAGAAGGACAGCAUGGCGAUACCGGAGCCCCCGGAGCACCCGGAGCCCCUGGCCCUCAGGGACCUGAAGGGAAAUUGGGUCCUCGAGGGCCGCUUGGGCCUAAAGGCGACGAUGGUCCAACAGGUCUACAAGGCGAAACUGGACCCAAAGGACCUCCAGGGAUUGAGGGUCCUAAAGGUGAUUUAGGACCCGCUGGCCUACCCGGUGAGAGGGGUGAACCUGGACCUCAAGGUCUCAGGGGUGAACCUGGAGCAGAUGGGCCAGAAGGAAGCAAUGGACCACCGGGAUCUCCUGGACCAGUGGGACCACAGGGCAAGCCUGGAGAAGCGGGAUUGCCUGGCAACCCAGGUACCGAAGGUGCAGCAGGUUUACAAGGUAGCCCGGGCGCUCCUGGGGAAAAGGGGGACACUGGCCCAAAGGGAGCACAGGGCGAGCCUGGUCCAUCAGGGCCCGUUGGACCACCAGGAGAAGUAGGCCAGCGAGGGAUACGAGGACCUCCAGGCCCUGUUGGCGAAACCGGUGCACCUGGGAUCAUGGGGCCGGUUGGGCAACCUGGUAAAAUAGGACCUCAAGGGCUCCAGGGACCAAGAGGGGAAAAGGGGGGGAGAGGACCGAAAGGCCACAUUGGAGAUACGGGUCCAAUGGGUUUGAAGGGUGACCAGGGGGAAAUUGGGAAGCAAGGACCUCCUGGACCCACUGGACCAUCGGGACCAAAAGGAGAAAUGGGACCGAUCGGCCCCGCAGGUCCUAAAGGUGACACCGGUCCUACUGGCACACCAGGGCCGGAAGGGGCUGUCGGGCCCAAGGGUAACCCGGGCCCUGAAGGCAGGCCGGGGCUUUCAGGCCCACCCGGAUCGCCGGGGCCCCCAGGCCCGCCGGCCCCGCCGCCAAUACUGCCGGCGGAACUGUUCGCGUCGACUAGGAGACGGAGAAGCGUAGACAAUGAUGUUGAAACCUCUACGGAUGACGACAUCGAAGAAGAUGGAGAAGAGGAGGACCAUACCUGGUGGGUGCGUCAAGUGAUGUCGGGCGUUGUGUCAGCGCGCGCGGCGGUGGAAGCGGCACGGCACCCACGCGGCACACGCGCCUCGCCCGCGCUCUCCUGCCGCGACCUGCGUGCUGCACACCACAACCUCACCGACGGUUACUACUGGAUAGACGCUCGCGGUGGUGACCGGCCCAUCCGCGUCUACUGCAAGGGAUCCAAUACUUGCGUGUAUCCGGACAACGCCGAGCAAGCUCUGUACACGGCCGAUGACAAACAUCGCUUCUCGCAGCUGAACAACGGAUACAGGAUAAGUUAUGACGGCGAGGGCUAUGGAAUUAUACAGCUGCGAUUCUUACGAUUGUUAUCGAAUGGAGCGAGACAAAACUUCACCUACACCUGUGUUAACACCAACACCGUGCAAAGAUCCGAUAUUCCAGAUGAAGUCACAAGAGCGCAUAACAUCAAAUUAUUCGGCUACAAUUCUGCUGAAUUUAAAGAGCCACGUUUGAUAAAAGACAACUGCAAGGAAGGCGUAGGUGAAAUAGUACUAGAAAUCCGAACUUCUAGGAGCGAAAAAUUGCCCAUUAGCGACUUCCAGCCUCCGUCCUUCACCGACGCUCACCAUCAGUUCACGUUCACAGUGGGACCGGUGUGUUUCACUUAGGUCCCCUAAAAACAUGAGGGUAGCUUUAACAUUAUGUACUUAAGACUGGAACCUUGUAAAUAUUGUAAAUAUAUUUGUGAUGACUGA